AUGCUGGUUGAAACUAAUGCAAUCCAAACGGAAUUUUAGAGACUGGAGAGGAGUGUGAUACUUGGCUCUUUGGCUCUACUGCAUAUCAAGGGUAUAAUAUUGACCUCUUACCUUAAUUCUAAUAGUUGUGACUAAUAUUGCCGAAUCAUUGAUGGAUUUCAAUGCACAAGCACCUUAGGUCAAUAAUCAAAGUGCUCAUCUUACUGUGGAGAUGUGAAUCUUGUUUGCUAUGACGGGAAUCUUAUGUCUGGAGAUGGGUACAUGUGUAAUAACGACUGCCGAAUAAAAUCAGGUUUUACUCUUACUUUAAAGAACAAUUAACAAGAAAAAAUAGAAUAAUCAUGCUAGAAAAUAGGAAGUAUUUGUUUGGAUUCAAAUGAUUAAACUGGAGAUGGGUGCGACCAAAAUUGCUAAACUGAAGAAGAUCACUAUUGUAUUAAUGAUAUGACUACUGGAGAAUUCAAAUGCUAUCAUAGAAAUGUAAGAAUUGAAAAAUAAAAAUUUUAGGUGUUGUCUUAUGAAACAACAAACUUAAUCUCGCUUGGAUAUGGCUAGAUAAAUUCUUGCACUAAAAAUAGCGACAAAGAAAUUGAAGAAGAGUGCGAUGACGGCGAUGAAUCUCAUUCUGGAGGAUGCGAUUCUCAAUGCAAAGUAAAAGAAGGAUAUACUUGUCUAACUUAGUUUGGUAUGAAAUCCACUUGCUUCUAAAAUUGUGCCCUAUUUGGUACUCAAUGUCUUGAUUAAAAUUUCAAUGAUAAUGAUGGGUAUGUUAUCAGUGGCUUCUUAUCUUAAUUAGGUGUGAUAAACAUUGCAGAGUAGAAGCCAUGCUCAGAUUUGAAUAGUCAGUCAGUAAUCAUUGAUGGAAACUUCUAGAACAUUUAAAUUCCAGAUUAAAACAUUGUUUCCUAUUGUAAAAAUGGAAUAAUUGAGCUCGGAGAACAGUGCGAUGAUGGAGAUAUGAAUUCAUUUGAAAAGUAUUAAUUUUUCCCAACAUAUCUUUUAAUAGAUGCGAUCAGAAUUGCUUUAUUCAAAAUGGAUAUCAUCAAAAUUUCCGAGGAAAACAUACAUCAUGGUCAAAAUCUUGCAAAAACUUUGAAUCUAAUGAAUGCUUAGAUCAUAACGAUAAUUCUGGAGAUGGUUGUGAUGACAACUGUAGAGUUAAAUAAGGUUGGACUUGCACAAGAUAAAUUGGCAAGCAAUCAAAAUGUUUUGAGGAUUGUAGAUCAUAUGGAUUUUAAUGCUUGGAUAAUAAUAAUUUUGAUACAGACGGAUGCGAUAAAUAUUGCUAAAUAGAGAAAGAUUACAGCUGUGUCUUUUAGCCUGACCUGA